UCCAGUGGAAAAAAGAUAGGAAAAAGAGAGGGAAAAAAAAAGACAAAGAGAGAGAGAAUGUCCUUUCUCUCUUUUUUUUUUUCUGAAAAAGAAAAAAGAAAAAAAAAAAAAACACGCAACACAUACACAGCUUUAUAGAACACAGUAGCCAACAGUAUUCAAUUUAUUGAUAUGAUUCAUAAAAAAACUAGUAGAGGAAGAAAAAGAAGACAAGUGAAAAGGAGAAGAUCUCAAUCAAGUUCAGAGGAAGAAAGCUCUGAAGCGGAUUCAGUCACUCGCUGUGUAUGCGGAAAAACUCAUAGCGUAGGUUUGAUGGUACAAUGUGAUGAAUGUGAAGUGUGGCAGCAUUGUGAAUGUAUGGGAUUAGAAGAGCCAGACAUUCCUGAUCACUACUACUGUGAAUUAUGUAAACCAGAGAAUCAUUUAGCAACAAGACUUCCUAGUGGAAAAACGAAGCGUGAAUACAGUUCAAUUGGACACGAUAAAAAGACACCCAAGAAGCGAACGACACUAAACAGUAGAGAAGCAUCCAUGUCUUUAGAGGAUGUUCUGGCAGUGAGAAACGCACUUGAGCUGUAUGAGUCUGGCCAACGAUCUCCUUCACCUGUAGAGAAGAAAGGAAACGAUACAGAAGUGCCUCAUGAAGAACUUCCACCCAUUAAGGAGCAAGAUGAAUCAGAUUCAGAAGUUAUUGCUAAAAUAACAAGACCAAAGAAGAAACAGUUGAAAACAUCAGAAAGAAGGACAGGAGGAGGAAGAGGGAAGGGAAGCAAAAGAGGUAAACCGAGAUCACGUACAUCAACCCCCCAGCCAAGAGAUUGUUCACCAGCACUUAUGGAUGAAGGAACACCGACGAGUAGCCAACAUGAGGAUCCAACAACGAAUAUUGGCACAGCUAUCUUUGAAUACUUUACACCUGAAUCGCGUGCUUUAUCUCCACCCGCCAAGCCUCGUCAUCCUCAUGCACGUAUGAGUAUAUAUGAAAUGAAUCGCCGUGCGGCUCAAAUACUUGAAUACAUCAGCUCUAUACAGAUUGAGAUGGCUACUAAAGAACCAAAUCAUAUCAAGAGUACAUCAUCCAUAGGCGCCAGCGCUUCUGAUACUAUUACCAGUACUACAACUGCUGCUAUUGAAACAACAACAGAAACAAUGGAUACAGAUCAAAAUGGCAAAAUGGAUGAUGAUGUAUGUUCGUUAAGCAGUGCAAGCACCAUACCUCUUGAGCGCGAUGAUGAUUUGGACUUUCAUGAACCAGAAAAAGACGAUAAUCGAUCAUCACUGGAAAUUAUGGAUAUGCUUACACGCAAACUAAUCAAAUUUCAAAAACGAUUUGGAACAAGGCAUCAAGAGGAUGAGGGACGUAUAACUCGAAGCCGUGAAGCAACAAGUUAUGGGCAUGCAUUAUAGUUUUUUCUUUUUCUGUACAUUUUUAUUUAUUUCAUUGUAUAUAGUCCACCUCUCCUCUUUUUCUUUUUUUUAUGUGUGUAUGUGUAAAAUAAACUACGACAGUCUAAGGGAAAAAAAAAAUAGCUUAUUCAAAUAUACCACCAGUCUUUACCACAUCCAAAGUCGAAUUGGGAGUCAACUAUGCUUCUCAAUUCAAGAAUUGAAAGUUCUUUUAAACACUCAAGAUAAGCUAUGUUUGCUAUUAGAGAGGAAUAAGGAUAUAUAGAUUUUUUUUAGUUUUUUAUUAU